AUGACCUCAAGCCAUAUAUGCGUCACUCUGGGACGGCCUCCACUUGUACGGCCAGUCCUCCCCAGCCCACCCGAAAGCAAACACCCCCAAGCGACCUUUCUCGACGGCAUCUGCGAUACCAUCCACCAGGACCAUCAGUUCCAACAAAGCCUAGACCUUGACUUCGCUCGGCUAUGGGACACCUCAGUCGCGCUGCACGAGCGCCCCAAGCAGCACUGGUCGCAGAUGGAACCAGCCUUGAUCUUCGCCAACCGGGAUCCGAACCGACCGAAGAUGAAUCUAGAGCGAAUGAAGAUGGAUAUGGCUCGUGUGGACACUAAUGAAGUAUACAACUACGCGAACCUCGUCAUUUAUCGACCAUUUCUACAGCUUGUCGUCCCGUCGUCUUCGACCCGGCAUCUGCAGCUUGGCAGCCAAUCCCCCGACUUGAGCAGCGUGGUCGCAUCUCCAGCAGACGAUCCGACUUUGAUCUCCGCAUGUCAGAACGCGGCGAACGGGGCGAUCAAUGUGAUCUCAGCACUGGAGCACAUCUAA